AUGGCCACCGACGUUAGAAUAUUUUUCGAGACGACUCUGGCGCUUUUGGGCCGCCAAAGCGGCAAUGCUGCUGCUGCUGCUGGCGGCGGUGGUGGUGGUGGUGGCGGUAGACGAGGAGGUCGAGGAGGAGGAGGAUGCCGAGGGGGCGGUGGCCCACGCCGCAAGCGUGGUGGCACGAAGAAGAAGGAAGAGGAGAAGAAGGAGGAGAAGGAGGAGAAGGAGAAGAAGGGCAAGGGCGGCGGCGAGAAGCGCGGCAUCAUCAAAGCUGCCGUGGGGCGUGGCCCCAAUGGGAUUUUAUCCCAAAAAGAACUGCGACAGUAUGUCGCAAUGGGCCUCGAGGCCAAGGCCAAGGCCAAGGAGAAGGAAGAGGAGAAGAAGGAGAAGGAGAAGGAAAAGAAGAAGGAAAAGAAGAAGGACAAGAAGAAGGACAAGGAGGAGUCCGAGGAGGAGGAGGAGGAGUCCAACGAGGAUGAGGACGUUGCCAUGGCCGAGCCAGAGGCCGAGAUCGUGGCGCCCCCCGAGGCGCCGGCCGCCAAGCCGUCGCUGGCCCCCGUGCCUGCCAAGGGUGUGCCCUCCGAGGCGAAACUUCGCUCUUGA